AUGAACUCCAACCUGCGGCAACGGGCCAAUGUGCUCUUGGAAAAAGCGAGGCUGCGCGGCAACGAAGAAGAACAUGAACAGACCGACCACUGGAGCAACCGCGACCUCAUUCCCUUGCCGCCGAAGCGCCGUGUAUGGGGGUGGUUCAACUUCUUUGGCUACUGGGCCAUUUCGUCGCUCAACAUCUCCACGUGGCAGUCGCCCAACACGUACCUCGCCCAGGGCCUCUCGGUGCGCCAGUCCAUGGCCGUCAUUGUCGUUGGCCGCCUCAUGAUCACGCUCUUCUCGUCGCUCGUCGCCUGGUGCGGCCUGCAGUGGCACAUUGGCUUCACCAUCCAGAACCGCGUCUCGUGGGGCCUGCGCGGCAGCUACAUCCCGCUGCUGCAGCGCGUCCUCCUCAACUUCAUCUGGUCCGCCGUGCAGUGCUGGAACGGCGGCCGCCUCGUCGCCAUCUGCCUGACGGCCAUCUGGCCGUCCUUUGCCGCGAUGCACAACUUCCUGCCCGCCAGCAUGUCGCACAUCACCACGGCCUACCAGUUUGUCGGCUUCAUCCUGUUCUGGGUCCUGUCGACCCCGUUUCUGCUGAUCCCGCCCGAAAAGUUCAAGCUCCCCUUCCAGGUCGUCUCCAUCUACUGCGGCGUCGCCAUGCUCGCCAUGAUGAUCUGGGCCCUCGCCGAGGCCGAGGGCGUCGGCCCGCUGUGGCACACCGGCGAGGCCGUGCCCGCUACGUCGCGGUUUAAUGUGUCGUGGAUCAUCAUGGCCGGCAUCAACCAAAUGGUCGGCACCGUCGCGGCCGGCAUCACCAACGGCUCCGACUUCUCGCGCUAUGCCCGCGGGUGGCGACACUACAUUGGCGGCAGCACCUUGUCGGCGUUUCUGGUCGGCACCGUUGUCUCGUUUGUCGGCCUUGUCACCACCAGCGCCGCCCAGUCCAUCUACGGCGAGGUCUACUGGAACCCGCCCGAUCUGCUGAUGGUCAUGAUGGACAGUGGCCGCGGCUCCAGCAAGGCCCGCGCCGGCGUGUUUUUCCUGUCUUUCGGCUUCUGCCUGACGGCCAUGUUUGAAAACAUCUGCGGCAACGCCGUGGCCGGCGGCAUCGACCUCGCCGGCAUCCUCCCCCGCUACAUCAACAUCCGCCGCGGCGCCUUUUUGACCUUUUUGGCCAUCUGGGUCGUCCAGCCCUGGCAGCUCGUCAACAAGGCCACGACCUUUAUCAACGUCUUGUCGUCCUUUUCCGUCUUCUUGGCGCCCCUAAUCGGCAUCAUGACGACCGACUUCUAUCUCGUGCGCCGCCGAAAGAUCCGUCUCUCCCACCUCUAUCGGCCCCAUGACUCCAUCUACUGGUUCGCUGGCGGAUUCAACUGGCGCGCCUUUCCGGCCUGGCUGGGCGGCUGGGCGCCCACCGUCGGCGGGUUGGCCUAUGCUGCCCGGGGCGCAACAGACGGACCAAAGGCCCUGUACGAGCUGUACUACAUGGCCUUCCUGCUCGGCUUCGCCAUCAGCGCCGUCAUUUUCUUCGCGCUCAAUACCAUCUUCCCGCCCGAGGGACUGGGCGAGUUUGACGACGUGGAUGUCUACGGUACUUUCACGGAGAAAGCGGCGGCAAAGCUCGGUGUCGUUACGAACGCAUCCUUCGUCGAGGCUGUCUCGGACGGGGACAAGAACGACAUUCCGGACCACGGACCCGAGAAGCAGGACGGUGAAAUGCAGACCGUUACUGCACUGUAA